GAUCGCGACGCUGAUCAUCCCUGUGGUCCAAUGCGCAGAGCUACCGUAGCAGUAGAAGUUUGGCCGCCCACCACGUAAUGAGAUACUACGCCGCAUACUUCGCCGCUGCCGUCGAAAUCAGAUUUUGAUAGAGAAAAGGAUCGUUUUUAUUCGUGAUUUCAGCUUCUGCGUGCCCCUUCGUGGCUUCGUCAAUGGAGGAGCAGUGAUGUCACGAGCUCCCACGGGUCAUCGAGAUUUGGGGAUCAUAACAAAGUGGCGGAUUCAUCGUCAAGGACCACUUCCUGAAGACGUUGUUUUUUUUCUUCCAUGGCAUGAUGGCAAACGCUGGACGUGACUCACCGUUCCAGUCCACCACCGCAGCCUCUUCGCCUGAGUCAACAAGUGGAACUUGGAAACGCUGACAAAUUACUCCUUGUCCCAUUUCGUGCCGUGGUUGUGAUUCCCAGUAGUUACUUCACACGUUGUGCUUGCUCGCAAGGGCAAAUAGAAAAGAAGGCGAAAAGAGCGAAAAGCGCGCUGUUUUGUGUCGUUUACAGCUUCGCUGCUUCCUUCCUUUGCCUUUUUAAGCAGGGCAGCGGUGCAACGCAGCGCAGCGAAGCGGAUUUGGGUAGCAGAGGAGAUACUGAUAUACUCUUGGCAAUGGGGAAGCAGUCGCUGGACGCGGUGGAGGCGGAGGCGGCUAAGAUUGCGAGGCCUCCGCUUCCGGCGGCCACGGGGGAGGCGCUGCUGCUGCCGCCGCUCAACUUCGCGAUGGUGGACUACGGCGUCUACCGGUCGGGCUUCCCGGACGCCGCCAACUUCCGUUUCCUCCGCUCGCUUCACCUUCGCUCUGUCCUGUGCCUUUGCCCGGAGCCGUACCCGGAGGAAAACCUAAACUUCCUUAAGGCUAACGGAAUCAAGCUUUUCCAGAUCGGGAUUGAAGGGUGCAAGGAGCCUUUUGUCAACAUUCCAGAAGAUACAAUUCGUGAAGCUCUCAAAGUCGUUCUCGAUGUGGGAAACCACCCUCUUCUUAUUCAUUGCAAACGAGGAAAGCAUCGAACUGGCUGUCUCGUAGGAUGCCUAAGAAAACUCCAGAGGUGGUGCCUUGCCUCAAUUUUUGACGAGUACCUCCGCUUUGCUGCGGCUAAAGCUAGAAUUUCCGAUCAAAUGUUUAUGGAGCGCUUUGAUAUCUCAAGCUUGAGACAUUUGCAGGCUUCAUUUUCAGGAUGCUGAGGCUUCAUGUUUUCUUUUGCAAACGAGUUUGGGUUAGUUCUUCGCGACACGAAAACGAGAAUGUUUUCUUUCUCAGCUCUUAUUCUGUAGGUAAAUAUGAUCGAAACCGUUGCUAGUGGUUCCAUUUUUGAGGUCCCUUGUAUGUGUUUACCUCAGAGGUGCAAUUCCACUUUACUGAUUGGAAGAAUAUUAUCUUGUCUCAUUAAUUGUUGUGAUGAUUCAGGGAGUGCUAAUCAAGCUUACUUUUCUUA